AUGUUUCGACGUAAUUUUAGUUUCCCGCAUCAAAACAAUGCGCAAAUCUGUCAAAAUACUUCAGACUACCAAUCGUGUUCGUCAAAUAUUGCAUGUGGCUGUUUUCCUUUAGUCUCAAAUGAUGGCCAAGGUAUUUGUGCCCAUCUUCAUCUUAAGUGUUCCACGUUGAGCGUGUGUGCUGCAAAUAAUCAAACAUGUUUUGCACCUGGACAUGUUUGUGUGAAACAUUCCCGAUGUCAAAGUCGUCCAUUGUGUUAUCCAGUUCACAUGGCUAGUCAACAUAUAUGUCCAACUCCUGUAUUAACAACAACAACGAUUGCUCCACUGGUACCAAACGAUGGCAUUUGUGUAACAGCAACAUGGAACCCAAAUGGUACUACCAAAGCUGGAGGAGGAAAUGGAUUUGGAAAUCAAUUGACUAAUUUACUGAAUCCGUCGAGUUUGUUUAUUGAUGAUGAUUUUAAUCUUUUUAUUGCCGAUACUUUUCAUAAUCGUAUCGUCAAAUGGAGUGGUAACAACCGAAUACAACGAUGGUAUCACAAUGAUAGUCAAGGUGUUACACUUGUCCAAAAUACAUCAUGUUGGGGAAUAGCAAUGGACUAUGAAGGAUCAUUGUAUAUAAGUUCUCAGACAGAUGAAUCUCACGUAAUAAAAUGGCCGGGUGAACAGACAGUUGCCGGUGGCAACGGAAAAGGUAGUGCUCUGAAUCAGCUCGCAGGCGCAUCCUAUUUCUUCGUCGAUCGGAGCCAAUCAAUUUAUAUAGCUGAUGGAGAAAAUGAUCGUAUAAUUAAAUGGUCUGUCGGAGCUACUGAAGGUGUCAUUGUAGCAGGUGGAAAUGGUAGAGGAAAUGUUACCAAUCAAUUCAAUGAACCUACUGCAAUUGUUAUGGACCAUAUGGGCACGAUGUAUGUGACUGAUUAUCACAAUCAUCGAGUAACACGUUGGUUCAAUGGAAGCAAAACAGGUGUCACCAUUGUUGGAAGGCGUGGAGAAGGAGAUGAACCAGAUCAACUCCGAUUCCAGACUGAUUUAACAUUCGAUCGCAAUGGGAACUUAUGGGUGGCCGAUUAUAUAAAUAAUCGAAUUCAAAUGUUUGAAAUCGACAAGAGUUCCUGUUAG